AUGCGGUCUUCGACUGUUCCGUUAUCAAUAGUAUUGGUGUGGUGCAUCUACUACAAACUGAGUUGUGCAAAACAGUCAGAACUUGCGAAUAAUAUGCAAAUUUCUAAUGUAUUGAGUGAAAACGACGCUCAAAGCACCGAAUUUGUUCGCACAGCUUGGAGCGCUGCAACUUAUUCGAAACUCAGAAUUUACAGAGAGUUUUUAAUUAUCUUCCUUGAUAAAAAAUCCAUGAGGGUUCUGAGAACGAGUUGCUUCUUGCUGGAAUUUUUCAAAUUACAUGUAUGGAAACGUGCUUUCGGUAAAAUCGCACUAGACAUUACUUUUGGUCGAAAUGCACAAAUAUCUAUUUGGUUUGAAAUGAAAAUUUCUAAGCUUUCCAGUCUGCAAUUAAUUCUUAGAAAAUUGCAAGAAGAAUAA